CUACACCCAGGCGCUGUCUCAGUCCGUCGGCUUUCUUUCCUUCCAGAGGCUGAGAUUUCACACAAGCCAGCGAGCCAGACAGCACAGGAGACGCCAAAACCCUCCAUCCGCACGACCCUCGCUAGACCUUUAGCACUUGUAGCGUUAAAUCCACUCCAGUGGGCAUAGUUCGUCCUAUAUAUCCUUUCAAAUCACAGAAAAAUGUCUUGGCAAAGCUACGUGGAUAACCUGAUGGCCGAUGGCAGCUGCCAGGAUGCCGCCAUUGUUGGCUAUACGGACGCCAAAUACGUUUGGGCAUCGUCAGAGGGUGGUACUUUUAGCGGUAUAACGCCUGAUGAAAUCGAUGUCAUUGUCGGCAAAGACCGAGAGGGCUUCUUCACCAGUGGGCUGACUCUAGGGAAAAAGAAGUGCUCUGUGAUCAGAGACAGCCUUCAGGUGGAAGGGGACUGGACGAUGGACAUCAGGACAAAGAGUCAUAAUGGAGAGCCGACAUACAAUGUUUCCAUAGGCAGAGCUGGCAAAGUGUUGGUUAUAGUCAUGGGAAAGGAAGGUACCCACGGAGGAUCGCUCAACAAGAAAGCAUUUAGCAUGGCUGAGUACCUGAGGAAAGUUGGAUACUAAAGCAGCCCCUUCCCAUCCAUCCACACAGCAGCUCACUUUAAUACACCGCACCACACUACCCAAACACCCACCCUUCCUCGCCCCCUUUUUGUCAACUCGACAACACUACCAGAAACAGUUAGUAGAUGCAUCGUUGUCUCUCUCCAAAUCUAUCUGUCCAAUUAUUCUUUUUUUUAAAAUGAAGUUUUCCUUUUGUUCAAUGCUCCACGUCCGUUAGUUUCGACAUCUUUUUUUUUUUUUUUUUUUUUUUUGUGUGCCACAGUAAAUCAAGCAUGUUGGUUUCAUGAAGGUUCAAUCACAAACACUACUGUACAUAACCGUAGAAGUGAAAUGAAGAAUUUUUUUUUUCCGUUGUUCGUUUCGAAUCGGACGACCCAGAAUGUGUAAAUUCGCAAGUAAAUGAAGUCACUACAUGGUCCAAUUUUUUUUUUGUUUUCCUUAGGCACUGCUAAUGAACCAGCUUAAGAUAGAUUGAUGCCUCACAAGUGCUCCGAGCCCUUGCUGAGCUCUCACGGUCUUCCUUGUAUACAGCAUGUCCAGGAUGGAAAAAAGUGCAUGCAUAUCUUUUAGGUCAAUAUCAUGGUUUUCCAGUAACUAACUACACCACCUUGUCUCAGCUUUUGAGAAUGAAGUUAACCAGUCACAUAACUUUUUAUUUUUCCCCCUCCUUUUUAUUAUCGUUUUUAUUUUCUUUGCUCGGUUUGAUCCUGAAUUAAGUUAGUAAGCACCUAUGCCCCUGCCCUCGUGAACUGCACCACCUUUGCUCCGGCUACUAUUAUAUGCCCUGUACCUUCUUUAGUUUGAGAACCUUAUAUCAAAUGCUUUUGCUGUUGUAUUUGGAUGUGGUCUUGUAAGUCAUUGGUCUAAUGUUGGAAUAUUUUGAGUGUGGUGGCAGAUCAGCAUUUACAAGGUUUGGGUUAAGUUGUUCCCCAAGAGCCUUUGCAUCCCGGACUCUGUAUGGACAUUCCAUCGCUACAUAGCUCAGGCACUUAUAAUUGUUGUUUGCCAGCUCCUGUAAAAUGUUUUUUUUUUUUUUUUUUUCAUUUUGUUUGUCAUUUUCUUUCUCUUUUUUUUUUUUUUUUUUUUUUUCCUUUCUUUUUUUUAAGACAAAGUGCUGCCAUCCCAAUGUACCUCCUGGUUCUGUCCAUUUCACUUUGGGUUCUCUGAUAGGACCAAGUUUUUGUUGCAUCCGGCAGGAUUAACAGAAUUGCUCCAAACUGUUGUUGUGAAGGACGACUGCUAGCUUCAUCUGUUGCUGACUUUAUAACACUAAAUUCUCAACACUUCAAAUACACAAUGUAACACCAAGCUCAUUUCUAUUAAAACACUAUUACUGGCUUAACAGUUUGAAAAUUUAAAAAAAAAAAAAAAAAAAAAAAAUCAUGUAUGAUAACUACCUGAGAGCUCAUCUCAUGAAUGUCUUGAAUAGAUGAAAUGGCAGUCUUAUUGUUAACAUGUCACCUCAAAAUUCUUAAACAUUUUUGACUUUUAAUCUGUUAUUUUCAAGAAUGAAACCAUUUGGAAGUCAUUGCCUUGUAAACUACUUAAUUGCGAUGUAUCAAACUGUCAUAGCACGGUACAAAUGCUUCAUUAAAUAGACAAAAAAAAAAAAAAAAAGAUACUGAAGUAAACUGUGUACACUAACUUUUUCUGGGAUAUGGUGGUAUUAGUUGGAAAAAGACCACUAGUCGAAGUCAGUUGUAUUGUGGAAACUUGUUAAAUAAAGCUGUGUAUCCUGUGCCAUAAUGUAGAUCUGAUCUGUUGCUACUGUGAGAUGGAUUUUAACUGCUGCCUUUGCGAGGAGUCAAUUCUUCAGUGGCACCUUUGGGAUAUUUGGCGUAAAUCAACCUCCAGGGCGCAUGGAAAAUGUACAGAUUUAAGGAAAAGCAUCAAAUUAUGUCCAGUUCUCUCCCUCUUACACCUGACCAGCUGAUAUUCAACUCAAUUUGCGUGGAAGGAAAGAAAAAAAACAAAUGCCAUGAUUUAACCACCUUGUUUACAGACAGAUCAAAUAAACCUAUUCCAACCAGAAAA